AUGCGUCUCGAAAAGCGGAGCGACACGUGCACGCUGCUGCUCCCUGUCCGCGACACCCGCUUCUCACCUCACCCGCCGCGUGCCGAACCUUCUGCCCGCCUCUCGCGCUGCUCGUCUCACAAGCCAUUUCGCCAUUUCCCUCCCUGCUCCCCCCCGUUUUCCCCCUUGCUCCCUCUCUUUUCCCCCCGUGCUCCAUCUCAUUUCCCCCCUUUCUCCCUCUCAUUUCCCCCCUUCUCCCUCUCAUUCCCCCCCUUCUCCCGCUCAUUUUCCCCCCUUCUCCCUCUCAUUCCCCCCCUUCUCCCUCUCAUUUCCCCCACUUCUCCCUCGCACUUCUCCCCCUCAUUUUCCCCCCUUCUCCCGCUCAUUUUCCCCCCUUCUCCCUCUAGUUUCCUUCCCUUCCCCCUCUCAAAUCACCCCCUUCUCACUCUCAAAUCCCCCUUUUCUCCCUCUCAUCCCUUCCCUUCUUCUCCCCCUCAUUUUCCGCCCUGCUCCCUCUCAUUUCUCCCUCUUCUCCCCCACAUGUCCCCCCCUUCUCCCUCUCAUUUCCCUCCCUUCUCCCUCUCAUUUCCUCCCCUUCUCCCCCUCAUUUCCCGCCCUUCUCCCUCUCAUUUCCCCCCUUUCUCCCCCAAAUGUCCCCCCCUUCUCCCUCUCCUUUCCCCCCCCUCUCCCUCUCAUUACCCCCCUCCCCUUCUCCCCCUCAUUUCCCCCCCUUCUCGCUCUCAAAUCCCCAUUUUUUCCCUCUCAUCCCCCCCCUUCUCCCCCUCAUUUCCCCCCUUGCUCCCUCUCAUCCCCCCCCUCUUCUCCCCCUCACUUCCCCCCUUUCUCCCUCUCAUUUCUGCCCUUGCUCCAUCUUAUUUCCCCCCUUGCUCCCUCUCAGCCCCCCCCCCCCUUCUCCCUCCCAUCUACCCCCGUUCUCGCCCUCAUUUCCCCCCCUUCUCGCUCUCUCAUUUCCCCCACUGCUCCCCUUCAUUUUGCCCCCUGCUCCUUCUCACUUCCACAUUUGCUCCCUCUCAUUUCCACCCUUGCCGCCUCUCACUUCCACCCUUGCUCCCUCUCAUUUUCCCUUUGCUCACCAUCAUUUCCCCCCCUGCACCCUCUCAUUUUCCCCCCUUCUCCCCCACAUGUCCCCCACUUUCUACCUCUCAGUUCACGUGUCCGGAUGCUGUGCAUGUUCACGACAUGCAGGUGGCACUGAAGCAGCAGCAGGAGGAGCAGGCGAGGAGGGAUGAGGAAGAGAGGCGGAGGGAGAGGGAGGAGGAGGAGGUGAGGAGGCUGCAGCGGCAGAUGGUGCAGAGGGCUAUACUCAUGCCCUUCUUUGGACCCCCGUUUCAAACCCCGCAGGUCUACCAAGCGGCCCACACUGUCUCGCUCCCAUCUGCUGCACACCAAUGCCAGGCAUGCAACAGCAGCAGGCAGCAUGUGCGGCAUCUCCUUGCUUAG